GAGUGCUCAACGAUCAUUAGAACGAUCAAGUUGAAAAUUUCAUAGCUCAUCACAAUGAAGAAACACACAUUAAUGCUCGCUUUUUUCUUGAUUUCCUUUGCGAGCAACGCUGGUGGUAGUCAAGUGAGCUGUGACGAUGAUUAUGGAGCAAAUAAAAAGACUUGCCAUAUUUAUCAUGACAUUGAUGACCCAGAAAUCACUUUAGCGCCACCUUCAAACGUUUCAAUCAAUUUUCUAUCAAUUCGUGACAAUAAAGAAGUGAAAUAUUUACCUGUGAACGUGUCAGAAAGUUUGCCUGAUUUGGUUUAUUACGAUGCUAUAAAUUGUUCCAUCACAAAUAUUUAUAGAAAGAAUGUUCAAGGAUUAACAUUUCUGAAGACAUUAAAUUUAAGAUAUAAUGAAAUUGAAACAGUAAAACGAGACGUCUUUUCAGAUUUGACAUCCCUGCUUGCUUUGUCUCUUUCUGACAAUAAAGUUAAGCAUAUUGAAGACGGCGCUUUCUAUGGACUAACAAUGCUGGUGGGUAUAAACCUCGUCAACAAUGUGUGCGUAAAUGAACUAAUUAUCAGUCCAGAACUGAAUCAAACUGAAAUUGAAAUUUUAGUUUCAAGACUUUAUAUUCAAUGUCAGUUGCAAGAAAAUUCGCAAUCAUGGCAUUAUUUCAGGAAACGCACAUUAAUGCUCGCUUUUUUCUUGAUUUCCUUUGCGAGCAACGCUGGUGGUAGUCGAGUGAGCUGUGACGAUGAUUAUGGAGCAAAUAAAAAGACUUGCCAUAUUUAUCAUGACAUUGACGAACCAGAAAUCACUUUAGCGCCACCUUCAAACGUUUCAAUCCUCUUACUAUCAAUUCGUGAUAAUAAAGGAGUGAAAUAUUUACCUGUGAAUGUGUCAAAAACUUUUCCUGAUUUGCCUCAUUACGAUGCUAUAAAUUGUUCCAUCACAAAUAUUUAUAGAAAUAAUUUUCGAGGAUUAACAUUUCUGAUGACUUUAAAUUUAAAAUUUAAUGAAAUUGAAACAGUGAAACGAGACGUCUUUUCAGAUUUGACAUCCUUGAUUACUUUGUCUCUUUCUGACAAUAAAGUUAAGCAUAUUGAAGACGACGCUUUCUUUGGACUAUCAAAGCUGAACGAUCGAGUUGACAGCAUUAGUUAUUUCAGGAAACGCACAUUAAUGCUCGCUUUUUUCUUGAUUUCCUUUGCGAGCAACGCUGGUGGUAGUCGAGUGAGCUGUGACGAUGAUUAUGGAGCAAAUAAAAAGACUUGCCAUAUUUAUCAUGACAUUGACGAACCAGAAAUCACUUUAGCGCCACCUUCAAACGUUUCAAUCCUCUUACUAUCAAUUCGUGAUAAUAAAGGAGUGAAAUAUUUACCUGUGAAUGUGUCAAAAACUUUUCCUGAUUUGCCUCAUUACGAUGCUAUAAAUUGUUCCAUCACAAAUAUUUAUAGAAAUAAUUUUCGAGGAUUAACAUUUCUGAUGACUUUAAAUUUAAAAUUUAAUGAAAUUGAAACAGUGAAACGAGACGUCUUUUCAGAUUUGACAUCAUUGGCUAUUCUGUGUCUUUCUGACAAUAAAGUUAACAUAUUGAAGACGGCGCUUUCUAUGGACUAACAAUGCUGGUGGGUAUAAACCUCGUCAACAAUGUGUGCGUAAAUGAACUAAUUAUCAGUCCAGAACUGAAUCAAACUGAAAUUGAAAUUUUAGUUUCAAGACUUUAUAUUCAAUGUCAGUUGCAAGAAAAUUCGCAAUCAUGGCAGUAAUAAAAUAACAAAUGUAAGCGACAAUAAAAGUCAGAAGAAGAAUAAAAAUAAAAUAUUUUCAAAUAUGAAAAA